UUGCAUGCUUGUUUUCCCUGCCCACCUCUCUCCCCGGCCCCGGCCCUCUAUAGUGCCAGCUUGUUUACUUGUAGAUCCAGGCUCUCCUGCCCCUCUCUCUCUAGCUCAACAAGUGCGGUGCUCUUCUGUUCUGCCUCUCUCCUGUAGCAAGAUCCAUCUCUCUGCUGCUUCAUUUCUCCCUAAAGAAUUGAACACACAUGAAGAGGCCUACCAGCAGAGGAUCCUCAAUGGUCAGCCAAGCAACCACAGAUCAACAAGAAGACAGUUGCAGGUACAUGGAGCGGCACGGAGUGGACGGCGAUGGCACCGCCGCAGCUGAUCGCGAUGACAUGGAGGCCGGGGCGUACGACGAGGAGGACGACGAUGAGGAGCUCGCAGGUUCCCGCGGCGGCCUCGGGGAGAAGAAGAGGCGUCUGGCGGCGGAUCAGGUGCGAGCGCUGGAGCGGAGCUUCGAGGUGGACAACAAGCUGGACCCGGAGCGCAAGGCCCGGAUCGCGCGCGACCUCAGCCUCCACCCGCGCCAGGUCGCCGUCUGGUUCCAGAACCGCCGCGCGCGCUGGAAGACCAAGCAGAUCGAGCGCGACUUCGCCGCGCUCCGCGCACGCCACGAUGCGCUCCGGGCCGAAUGCGACGCGCUCCGCCGCGACAAGGACGCCCUCGCCGCCGAGAUAAGGGAGCUGAGGGAGAAGGUGGAGAGGCAGAUGGAUGUGAAGCUGGAGUCCGCGGAGGAGAUGCUUCCGGUCGCGGCGGGGACAGCCGCUGCCGCCGCCGCUGUGUACAAGGACGGGUCUACGGACAGCGACUCGAGCGCCGUGUUCAACGAGGAGGCGUCGCCGUACUCCGGCACGGCCUUCGACCACCAGCACCAGCACCAACUCCACCCGAGCUUCACGGGUUUCACCUCGUUCCUGGCCUCAUCGAGCUCCCUGAGCUCCUCUCUUCCUACUUCCUUGUACCAUGGGGUUUCACAUUUGGAUCAGGAAGCGGACGGCUUCCUCAGCGCUGCCGCCGCCGACGGUUUCUUCGCAGAGGCGGAGCAGGGCGCCGCUGGCCUCGGCAGCUGGUACGGCGGUGAGGGUUGGUAGAGGUGAGCUGUUGGCUGGGGAGAAUUGAUGUCCACAAUUUCUGUAAAAAUAUGGCGCUGUACAUGCAUGCAUGGGGGGUAACUAGGUAGGGUCAAUUUCUAUAUUUUUUACCGGCUGGGGAAUAGACCACGGAAGGAGGAGAUAGGUUAUUUAUACUGGUCUUGGUUGACGGUUACCCCGCUCUCCUGGGUUAAUUCUUUAGACAUCUCUCAGUCUCACUCUCUCUCUCUCUCAUAUACUGUUGACAAGUAUAUAUAUGCUUCUGUCAGAUGCAUGUCAAAUUGAGAGAGAGAGACAGACAAAGAGAGAGAGGGGAUUAGUAAGGAGACUAAGAGAGGAUUAAGGGAAUGCCUGAGGGUGUAAAUGUAAACUGGAUGCUUUGGGGCCUUGGGGGUAGGCGGCAGUACUUGGUCUACUAGCUAGGUUAUUACAAGUUAAAGCCUAGCUGUUGUAAAUCAUUUAUUACUUUAUAUAUAGUGCAAAUACUAAAUAUAUAUGUGGAGGUAGAUCAUGGAUCAAGGAUUCAAGGGUAAAAAGUAAUAAAAACGAGUGAGAGUAAAGUUUAGCCC